CAGGAAGGUGGCUGAUUUUUUCCCUUGAAGCAUGGGAGUUGUAGUGUUUGCUCGGGCUUGGCCUCCGUGCGAACUACAUUUCCCAGCAAACUCCUCUUCCGCAGGCGUCCGGAGGUCAGUCGGGCAGUGCUAUGACAGAACAGGCUCGGGGGGCGCGGCUCUGGAUUUCUGGCCUGUAGAAAGCUCUGUCCUCUGCCUACACUGUCUGCUCUCCUCCUGCGGAGCUUUUGGAUGCGUGUUAGAAAACAAACCCUAGCCUUGGACCUUGCUCAGCAUGUUUUCUGCCAGGAGGUUGUCAGGGGGUUGCAGAGCCAUCAGACUCCAUCACCUCAGACACCACUCCGUGUCCAGGACCUCUCCAAACUUGGCUUUCGUGCCAGCCUGUCUUCCCCCAGAUCCUGUGGAAGUAGAGGAGCUGCAGCGUUUUGUUUCCAACUCCAAGAAGCUCUUUGUAAUGACCGGGGCUGGAAUCUCGACUGAAUCGGGGAUCCCAGAUUACCGCUCCGAAGGAGUGGGGCUCUACGCCAGGACAGACAGGCGGCCCAUCCAGCACGCCGAGUUUGUUCGUAGCGCCAGCGCCCGGCAGCGCUACUGGGCAAGGAACUUCGUGGGCUGGCCUCAGUUCUCCUCCCACCAGCCCAACACAGCGCACCUGGUACUGAGAGACUGGGAGAAACUGGGAAGGCUUCACUGGCUGGUGACCCAGAACGUGGACGCCCUUCACACCAAAGCUGGGAGCCAGCGCCUGACAGAACUGCACGGGUGCACACACAGGGUUUUUUGUCUGGGCUGUGGAGAUCAGACCUCGCGCUCUGAGCUUCAGGAGCAUUUUGAAGCUCUGAAUCCUACCUGGAAGGCUGAAGCACUCGGUGUGGCUCCGGAUGGGGACGUCUUCCUGACGGAUGAGCAGGUGCGCAAUUUCCAAGUUCCAGCUUGCAGUAAAUGUGGUGGCAUCCUGAAGCCUGACGUGACAUUCUUUGGAGACACGGUGAGCCGGGAAAAGGUGGAUUUUGUGCACCAACGCCUGGCAGAGUCAGACUCCAUGCUGGUGGCAGGAUCCUCUAUGCAGGUAUACUCUGGUUACAGGUUUGCUCUUGCUGCCCGGGAGAAGCAGCUGCCCAUUGCAGUCCUUAACAUUGGGCCCACAAGGUUAGACCACUUUGCAUCCUUAAAACUGAAUUCCCGCUGUGGAGAGCUGCUGCCUCUGAUUGUUGCACACUGACCCAGCAAGCUGAGCAUCAGUAGCUAUCAGGAGUAAAAAUAUUUCUCCAAGGACUUACCAUCUCAAAAGUGGAAAACGUCAAUCUGAGGGGCAUCUGAGAUCCUUAUGUGUGGCCCCUGGUGACACCAGGAGAGGGCAGCAAGGCUCGCACUUGUCGACCUGACCAGUUUGUUCUCUGCAUUGACACCAGCUCCACUUAACCAGGAAGGAGACGGAUGAUGAAAAAAUGUCUUUUCUGCCUUA